GUCCCAGACGAGAAGAUCCCACACAAUCAAGCAGUUGGCCGAUUUUAUGGUGUCUGGAGCAGGAAGCACCCCACCAUCUUCCUCAAAGGAUCGACUGGAUACGGAAAGUCGCCGUCCACGAUGUACUCUGACCCCGUUGAGGGGAAGCGGAGCUUGCUGGCCGAGUAUCAGGCGGCCAGCUUCGGGGGAUCUGGGCAGUGGCGAGUUAUCCCAGCAGCUUGGACGUCUUUCGCCCAGAGGCACGGCAUCACCAUGACGGCGACAGAGCUCGAGGAGCUAGUCACGGACUCCAGG